GGAGGUGAGCGACGCGCGGCCCCGCCCCUCAGGCAGUCACGGACUUUGGUGGCUUCUGGCCACUCGCGCUCCGCGGGGGCUGAGGCGUGAGAGCGGAGGUGAGCGCACGACUCGUGGAGGCUACCGGGCUGUCGCGUCACGACGAAGCUUCCCUUCCUAGGUAGGACUCGGGGUGACGCCGCGGUGCGGAGCGCGAAGCCACAGCCGACGUUCGUGGCAGGCGGACGCGGGGCAGUGUCCCACGGGCGCCCGGUCCCCACGCGGCCGUCCGAGCCUUCUGCAGCAGGCGGAGAGGUUGCAAAGAUAAUCCUCCUGGCAGAUGGGUAGACAGAGAUGUUCAUCACUCAACUCCUCCACAACGAAGAGCUAAAGAGGCACAGUUGUGAUCAGAGGUGAGUGAUCAACUGGACUCCUGUGAGAAUCUGAGACCUGGGACAACAGCAGAGGACGGGAAGCAGAAUUCUGGCGCCUGGCAGACCACAGCCACCGCUGCAGAGGACACGCCUCCCCGUAAGGGUGACAGGCCCAGCACACUGUCAGGAUGUCUGCUGGUAAUUUUUGAUCCUGGAAGUUUUCAUAAUCUUUAAGGUUGCAGCUCACCCACAUCAGAAGCCUAGAAUCCGGCCACACCUCCUAAUCCUCUCAGAUAGCGCCAUCCCCUGGCGACCAAGCAUCCAAAUCUGUGAGCCUUUGCCGGGCCGGCCGUUCUCACUCAGACCACCUCAGCCCUUAUGAAAGAAACUCCUCUGUGCAGAAGUCAGAGACCAUCACUGAAAACUACAGUUGGUCAAAAUGAAGAGAAGUCUGCUGUGAGAGCGUGUCUCCCAGAAGUGACAGGGAAGUGACACCCAGGACACUUCAGCAGCAUGGCUGCCAAAGCAAGAGCCGAACAAUGAGACGCUAAUAGACACUCUAGCAUCCAUCAAACAAUCUCAUGCACUCCUAGACCAAGAGCCACAGGGGAAAAAGACAAAGUGAAGCUGUGUCUUUCCGUGUGUUCAUCAGAUCGUCUUGAAAUUUAACUACAAGUAUGACAGCUCUUCCUUCAAAGAACUGCUCCUUUCAAUACCUGUUGCAUGAGUCUCGGCAGCCCCUCGACGCCUCCUGUCUGCUCUUCCUGAUCCUACUUGGGAAAGUGUUAUUAAAUAUCCUCGUCCUACGGGUGAGAAGGAAAGACACCUGCUGGACUUUUAUGCAGUGUUUCUGCUUUUCGCUAGCGUUUGUUGAUCUCCUGCUGUUGGUAAACAUUUCCAUUCUGACCUACUUGCGGGACUUUGUGGUUCUAGGUGUUAGGUUUACUACGUACCACAUCUGUCUGCUCACACAAAUCAUUUCCUUCACCUACGGCUUCCUGCAUUAUCCAGUUUGCUCACUGGCGUGUAUAGACUACUGGUGUAACCUGUCCAGAGCCACCAAGCAUUCAUCUAGGUGGCAAAAGUUACUUUAUUUCUCGACAGUCAUUUUAACUUGGAUCUCAGUCCUUGCUUACGUUUUGGGUGAUCCGGCCAUCUCAGUAAGCAUAAAGACACACAGGGCUUCUGUGUACCAGUGCCCCUCCUAUGUCAGCACUCAGAGUCACUGGCUGUCGCUGUGUAUGCUCAUGGUUUUAUUUGUGGCUUUUCUGAUUUCAUGGCAAGAAGUUGUUGCCUUGAUACAGGCUAUGAGGAUAGCAUCGUGUAAGAACAAGGCCGUCCUCUAUUUUCCCUUUGCACUCCACCCCAGUCACACCGUGAGCCCCAGAGCGCUGCUGCCCAGGCUCGUCGUGUGCCUUCUGGGCACCUGGUUUCCCUUUGUAGUCCUUCAGGUCCUCAUCCUCUCAGUCAGAGUUCAGAUCCCAGCGUACAUAGAGAUGAACGUCCCCUGGCUGUACUUUGUCAACAGUUUCCUCGUUGCUGCAGUUUAUUGGUUUAACUGCCAUAAGCUUAAUUUAAGAGACAGCACGUUCCCUGUGGACCCUUUCAUCAACUGGAAAUGCUGCUUUGCUCCGGUCCACAGACUUCAGCAGGUGGAGCGGCCCAUGUCCAUAAUCAUCUGCUAGCGCGCCGCUGAGCUGGGAGGAACUCCAGAAGCACCACCAUCAACCUUACAAGGACAAAGGCGGCUCAGGACGCGUAGCUGAAGCUCUUGGUCCCCUGACUUUUACCUUUCAGCACAGCCUCUGUGGGGCGGACAUUAAAUAGUGCUAGGACACAUUAACACAAGAGAGUCCAUAUGCCUGCUCGGCAACAUUGUGUGAGUAUUUGGUUUUAAUCCCAAAGCAAAAUAAACAGGUAAACAUG